CCGUCAGGUGCUCUCUGUGGUAGCGGGAAUUCAAACAAAAGGUCAUUAUUAUAAGUUUUAAAGGUUAAAAAUCACAUAAAAAGUACAAAGAAGACACUUCUGUUGGAUGUUUUUACAGAAAACCCAGAUAAUAAAUAAUUUUAGCCUUUUUACCAGCUAAAGGUGUAUCAUUUAAAUAUUGUGGCAGAUGGAGAAAUUCAGCCACCCAAAUAAGGUUUGCAUGACGUCAGUUCACCUUUGACCUACCACAUCGUGAAAACAGGCCGCCAUUUCAAGCACUUCAUCAUUGUUCGCAAAAGCGAGCAAGCUCAGAAAAACACAAAUUUUGCCAAGUUGUCUCCGUUAAAAAUUGAGUCUAAGUACACGUCCAGGUGCGCCCAUACUCGGAUAACACCAGGCUCAAAACUUGUUUAUGACAAGAAAGAAGUUCCGGUUUAGCUUGCCAAGGAGGAGAAGACUAGUUUCUGAGGCGACUGCAUCAGCUGAGAAGCUACUUCAGUUCUUUCAAACAGGAAAAGCUAUGAGUGGCAAUAUCAACGGUUUCAGUACAGAAGAAGACAGCCGCGGAAGUCAUGAGCAGAUCUGCUGCCUGGUGGACCAGGGCACGCGAUGCACGCGCCUGGCUGGGAACGCCUGCUACAGCAAGAGAAUACAGAAAACUGUACAGCAAAGGAGGCUGAAACUCAAUUUAGACAUUACAGCACAUCACAUUUACAUCUGUGAAAUACACAAAAACAUGAUCCAGAGUGUGCGAGCAAAACGGAAGAGAAACAACAGUGAUGACGACCGGGUGUCUUUGGAUCUUGAUAGUGAAUUUCCUGAGAUUGAUUUUUUUCAAAUGCCAGUGAACACAUUACGAAGAUACAAGCGUCAUUAUAAACUGCAGACAAGACCUGGACUCAACAAAGCACAGCUGGCAGAUACGGUGUCCAGGCAUUUCAAGACUAUUCCUGUUAUCGAGAAAGAAGCCCUCACUUUCUUUAUUUACAUGGCAAAAAGUAAUAAGAGUAAAUUUGACCAGAAAGUACUGGAUGGGUUCAGCUAACACUGGAAUGCUGGGAUGGACAUGAAAGUUUUUGGUAUAAAAUGGACAGGAAAGACUCAUUUAAAACUGGUCUUAUUUAACCAGGAAUAAUCUAAAUGUUGUCAUUAGAUUGAUAUUCAAUGAUUUUGAAUUUUAAGGCGUGAUGGGGAUAGGCAAUUUGACACUGAUUUCCUGACAUCAGCAAGAGUAUUCUAAGUUAAAUUUGAUAAGAAAAAAGGCACUUGUUGAAAUAAGGGCCAGAUACUUUGACCACAACAUACCACUAGAAUUUUUUUUUAAACAAAAGGGAUGUUAGAAAUUUUAAGAAAUGAAUAUGUAAUUCACAUAAAAUGUGACCUGCAGCACAAGCAUUAUGUGCCACACGAGCAAUUAUUACCACUGCCAGGGAAAUGCUUAGAAAUUACCUGCCUUGGUGGAGCCACACACUUUCUGAGUGCUUUCACAGUUCCUAAAAAAAUGCAUGGAUUUUUAAGGCGUAUUAUUUCUCCAUACAGCUGAAAUUAGAUUUGUUAAUUGCAUGAAUGUCUGUCUUGAAUGUUACUUUCUCUUGUUUUUGUCAAUUCCUACAAAGUGACAGAUUAAGACUUGCCUAUGGGAUGUAUUGAAAUUAAUUAUGAUAAAAUCGAUUUAACAGGCUUCCUGGAUUUUUUUAUUGCUGUGAAUUGGAAACAUCCAUUUGAAAUGGAGACUUGCCAUUGUCUUAGCUUAAUGUUAAUCUUUGUCUUCAGUACCUUUUGAAAAGGAUUCUAGGAUUAUGGAUUUUUUCUUCUCAAAAAAAGUUGUAGAACAUAUAUGAUGUACUUAUUGCAAAUAAAAUUGUACACACUAUUAUAAAUAUUGACUUU